AUGUCCAAGACCAUCGCGGACGCAGAGAACAUUUACGCUAGAGCAGCAAAGUUCGAGCUAGAAAACGACUGGAACAACGCUUUCAAGCUUUACUUGGAAGCAGCAGAAGCGUUUCUUCACAUCAGCCGCAGUUCCGAUGCAAAAUACAGGAACAACGCUACCAAGGCACUAGAACGAGCUGAAAAGAUAAAACAGUACAAGUCAUCUCUCAUCAAUGGGAAUCAUAUCCCUUUGGCGACCACCACUCUUGACUCAUACAGCAGCCCAUUUACCGACCCUGAUGGUCAACCUCCCCUCGGCUCCGUCUUUCCUUCAUCAACAUGGAAGCGACCAAUCGACGUCAUCCCCCCUUCAUCCCUCGCCCUCCUCCCAAGCGAUAUCAUACAGAACAUAGUCAACGAUUGCUCAGUCUGCGCUUCAAUAGCCGUAUGCAUACAACACAACCUCCGCUUCAAAUCAAACUUGCUCCUCUCCUCCUUGCACACUUCCAACGACGGCAGAUACGAGCUUAAAGUCCUCAUCAACGGUGAUUACCGCCGCGUAAUCAUCGACGACCGACUCCCUUUCGACGCCAGCAACAAUCUCCUCGGCAUAUCAACAGGGCACAAGAACCAACUAUGGCCCUCAUUCGUAGAAAAAGCAUACAUGAAACUCAUGGGCGGAUACGAUUUCCUCGGCUCAAACUCUGCCAUAGACCUCCACGUCCUUAUCGGCUGGAUCCCAGAACACAUAGAUCUACGAAGCGCAUCCUUUGAGCGCGAACGAACCUGGUCCCGCAUUAUGACCGCUUUCCCAAGAGGGGAUUGCAUGAUGACCGUCGGCACCAACGACAAAACCGCACUCAACAACACCGCCAAGCUCCUCCCCUCACACGACUACGCAGUCACAGAUAUCAAAGAAACAAACGACGAGCGCUGGGUCACUCUUCUCGAUUCUCGUAUAUGCAGUCAGGCAUGCGAGUGUAAUGAGUCUGGUAGUUGUCCCAGGGUGCUUGAGAUGCGUUGGGACGAUAUAUGCGCGACUUUCGAGGGGUUGUAUAUAAGUUGGAAACCAUGUCUGUUUAAGAAUUAUAUUACUUUUCAUGGAUCGUGGCAGCUCGAAAACUCUGAGGACCUACCACGGGCUUCCACUCACCACCUCCGACUCAACUACCAAACAUCCACAGACCCCAAUGCCCAAGCCCCAUCAGACACAAACGAAAUCUGGGUCCUCCUAACGAGACACCUCCGCGACACGCGUCGAACGAGCGAAUACAUCGCGAUUAACGUACAAGAGGAUGAUAUGGUCAUUGGGGAUCCGGACCACGUUGCUCUCAAGAGCAACUACACAAACAGCACACACGUCCUCUCGCGCAUCAAAAUCGACCCCACCCAACCCUCGGGAUCGCUCUCGUUGUUGGCGUGCUAUGAUGGUCAAUUCGACGAGGUUGGGUUUACUGUUACGGCUUUUUCUUGUUCGUCGGAUGUGGUGUUGUCUUGGGAUACGAAGGUUCCUCCGCCGAGGUAUACACAUAAGAUCGACGGCGCAUUGACUAAUAAAACAGCUGGAGGGAAUUGCACGCAUCCGACGUAUAUGGUAAAUCCGCAGUAUCACCUCAAAGUGCAUAAUACCAGCACAAGCACAAGCACACACAUUCGGCCGAGCCAGAACAACAAGACACAAGUCAUACUCACCGCGCAGAGCGCUAGGGAUAUAUCGCUGAACAUCACAGCUGUGUGGUCGCAGGGCGAGCGUAUAUCAGAAUUGACUCAGAAAGAGGUGGUGGCUCAUUCUGGGCCUUAUACGUAUGGGCAUGCGCGCGUCGCUGCUCAUCUUGCUGCUGGCGAUUAUACAGUCGUAUUAUCAGCUUUCGAGCUAGACCAGACAGGGAAAUUUACGCUCAAGGUGGAGAGUCCCUCUCGGUUCGAGAUCAAGGCGAUACCGCAGGAGGGUGCGGGGAUGUAUGUCAAGACCGUCCGUGGGGAAUGGGAUUCGACGACGGCCGCAGGCGGACCUAGUCAAAAUCGGUACCACAGCAAUCCAGUCUUCGAAGUAACCAUCCCAUGCGCUUCUGAAUUCGGCGCCCGUCUACAACUCCUCGCCCGCGCCCCAGGCGUAUCCACAAACCUCUCUCUCUUCCCCUCUUCAUGCUCAAAUCUCCAACGAUGCAUCGCUUCCUCGGGGCCUUACUCCGACGCGCUUUCGGGCGUUGAUAUUCCCAAGCGGAGUAUAGGGCCUGGGAAGUAUUAUCUCGUGCCUUCGACGUACCACGCUGGCGUGCAUGCUCAGUUCCGGCUUAUACUUUAUAGCACCGUUUCAGGUAUCGAGGUCGUUGUGCGUUCUUCAUGACGCCCCGGGUUUGGCGCGUCGGGCGGGGGAAGAAAUUUUAGCGGUGAGAGCAAGAAUUCGGGAGGUGAGAGCAGGAAUUCAUUGACGCGUUUGAGAGUGGUACGCGAGGGGUUGGCUUCCGGACAACUCGUUAUUAUCCAGUGCAGGCGUGUUUUGAUAUCGUCUUUGGCUUUAUUUAAAUGCACGUCAGGGAACAAUUUUUUUUUUCUGGUAUAGUUGGCACGACGUACUGAGAACAUUUUCACCUUUAUACUCACCGCAGAAUUCUCCUGAUUCGUCAAAGAACUUUGUGAGAGCUGCUAGGGCGACGCCGAUGCUUGUGUCAGUGCCUGUUUCGCAUGCUAUGCAUAUGCGGCGUGCGUUUUGGAGGUGGAGCAGGAUGAAGGGGAUGGCUUGGGGGAGGACGGAGUGUAGGAAGUGAUGCUGGCCUU